ACUACCCCAGAAGCUGUUCCACACACAGCUGGGGAGAGCAGGUCCUCAGGAGCAACGUCGGGAGUGAUCCCAGCGUCUCUGGGUGCUGACCCGGACGCCUGUGAGCCAGAAGGGAGUAGGAGCUGCUGGACGCUGCUGUGCCAUGGACUCUGAGGUCACCAACGGCCCAGGCCUCAGGGAUGAGCGCAUCACAAACUUGCUUGUGUUUGGCUUCCUCCAAAACUGCUCCAACUGUAAUUUCCACGAAGAGCUGGAGGCGUUGGGCCAGGACAUGCCCAUGCAAGCGUACCUGCAAGAGGACUGUGACGACGAGCUGCAGACAGACGGCAACCGGGCCAGCCUCUCCUGCAUGGGAAGGAUAGAGGCAGAUUCUGAAAGUCAAGAAGUCAUCCAGAACAUAGCCAGGUGCCUCGCCCAGUUAGGGGACCAGAUGGAGCAAAGCAUCCACCCGAGACUGGUGAACCACCUGGCACUGCAGUUUAUGAACGUGAACCUGUCGGAGGAGGACAGAAGGCAGUGCCUGGCUGCGGCCCUACAGCAGGUGAUGCAGACUUUCCCUAAGGACAUGGAGAAGGAGAAGACCACGCUGAUGUUGACCAUGCUGUUGGCCAAAAAGGUGGCCGAUCACACGCCAUCCUUGCUCCGUGACGUCUUUCGCACGACCGUGAACUUUAUUAAACAGGACCUAUUCACCUAUGUGACGAACUUAGCCAGAGAAGUAAGAACCAGUGCUGUCAGCCGCUUGGCGUUUCGCUGAGUCCUCCUGGUCUGACUGCUGCCCACACCCAUCUCCCUCUGACGUUGGGACACCAGCAGGGCCUGCGCCACAGGGCUCCUUCCAUCCCUCCUGCCCCUGCUCCAAUGGCCAGGCCGCAAGGAAGGCUAUUGCAGACCUUCCGACUCA